UAGGUGGACUUUUAUCUUCAGUAUAAACCUAAACCUUGUGAUCUAAGGACACAAAGUUAUGAUGCUUUUCCUUUCUUUUUUAUUUUUGCUUCAGAUUUUGGGAGGGUUGGUUGAAGGGUCUGAUAUCCAACUUGCAGCUGAUGAAGAAACAUUAGAGAUUCGAAAUGUAGGAAUGAACAACGAGGUGGAUAUUGCAUCUAGAGAGAAGCGACAAGGCACUGAAGCAACAACAACAGUUUUAGGAGUGUCUUCAUCUUCACCUAUAGCUACUACUUUCAAGGCAUCAGCAUCCUCUCCAAUACCAACAACUUUUACUGCAUCAGAUACAACUCCAAUCCCAACAACUUUUUCUGGAUCGAAUACAACUCCAAUGCCUACAUCCAAUACUUCUCCAUUACCUACAGAUUCUGCUAUAUCUUACAAUACUCCAAUACCGACCACUUUUACUGCCUCAGAUACAACUCCAAUGCCUACAUCCAAUACCUCUCCAUUACCCACAGAUUCUGCUAUAAUUAACAAUUCUCCAAUACCGAUCAUGUUUACUUCAUCAGAUACAACUCCAAUGACUUCUUCUAAUACUUCUCCAUUACCUACAGAUUCUGCUAUAUCUAACAAUUCUCCAAUACCGACCACUUUUACUUCAACAGAUACAACUCCAAUGCCUACAUCAAAUACUUCUCCAUUACCUACAGAUUCUGCCAUAUCUAACAAUUCUCCAAUACCGACCAUGUUUACUUCAUCAGAUACAACUUCAAUGCCUUCUUCUAAUACUUCUCCAUUACCUACAGAUUUUGCUGUAUCUAAUACUUCUCCAAUACCGACCACUUUUACUGCAUCAGAUACAACUCCAAUGCCUACAUCCAAUACAACUCCAAUGCCUACAUUCGAUACUUCUCCAUUACCUACAGAUUUUGCUAUAUCUAACAAUUCUCCAAUACCGACCACGUCUUCAUUAUCAGAUACAACUCCAAUGCCUUCUUCUAAUACUUCUCCAUUACCUACAGAUUUUGCUGUAUCUAAUACUUCUCCAAUACCGACCACGUUUACUGCAUCAGAUACAAUUGCAAUAUCUACAUCCGAUACUUCUCAAUUACCUACAGAUUCUGCUAUAUCUAACAAUUCUCCAAUACCGACCACUUUUACUACAUCAGAUACAACUCCAAUGCCUUCAUCCGAUACUUCUCCAUUACCUACAGAUUUUGCUGUAUCUAAUACUUCUCCAAUACCUACAAUGUUUACAGCAUCAGAUACAACUCCAAUGCCUACAUCCUAUACUUCUUCGUUACCUACAGAUUCUGCUAUAUCUAACGAUUCUCCAAUACCGACCACGUUUACUUCAACAGAUACAACUUCAAUGCCUUCUUCUAAUACUUCUCCAUUACCUACAGAAGUUGCUGUAUCUAGUUCAUCUCCAAUCUCCACAACUAAUACAGCAACUGAUAACUCGGGUGUUUGUUUACCUUGUAAGACAGUUUUGGACGGACCUCUGUCUGGAGUUUACAAUCUCAAGGAGUCUAACUACCCUAGCUGUAAGGCUGGAUGCCUGUACGAGUUUAAAUCUGAAUUCUAUUGUUUUGAACCAGGGGCGUUAAGAAUUCUUCCUUCCUGUUAAACAAAAUGAGUAAAGAAGAAAUAUUGAUAAGUUAAACAUAUUGGCGAAAUAAAUUGGUGCAAUUGGUU